UGAUGUCGUUUGAAGUUUGAAAAGCUUCAACUGAGAAUCAAACACCAAUCGCACCCGACAGUUUAUCUGAGUUGGUUAUAUACACGCGUUCACACCGUCACGUCCAUUUUUUGUUUCCAAUCGCUCACUCUGUUCUUCUUCAACACCCUCCCAGGCAAAAUAUGCCUUUGGAAGGAAUCAAGUAAGUCUUAUGUGGAUUUUGUGGUAUUGAUUUUCAAUAUCCGAUUUAUCGUUUGAGCUUCUAUUGAGAAACUGAGAUACAAGCUGAUCACAUAGGAAUAUCCAGUACUCUAUCAGAUUUCAUGCCUGCCAUGAAAAAGAAUCCUGAAGAGAGUCGGUUUGGAUCUGUAUUCAACAAGUUGGAAAAGGUGCUUGGAGAACCUGUUGACUUUGAACUUCCAGAUUGGAUUAAUAAAUUGAAGCCUAUGCAGUACACCUAUAUAAAACGCAAUAUAUAUGUCACUAAGAAGGUCAAGAAAUCUCGGUUUGACGAUGAUGGCAUAUUCUGUUCCUGUACUCCUUCCCCUGGAUCUACCAGUGUAUGUGGAAGAGAUUGCCACUGUGGGAUGCUUCAGUCUAGCUGUUCAUCAGGCUGUAAAUGUGGGAGCUCAUGUCUUAACAAACCGUUUCAGAGUCGUCCUGCGAAAAAGAUGAAAUUGGUUAAGACUGAGAAAUGUGGUUCUGGAAUUGUGGCGGAUGAAGAUAUCAAGCUUGGGGAGUUUGUCAUCGAAUAUGUUGGAGAAGUAAUUGAUGACAAAACAUGUGAGGAAAGGCUUUGGAAUAUGAAGCAUCGUGGGGAAACAAAUUUCUACUUAUGUGAAAUCAAUCGAGAUAUGGUGAUUGAUGCAACAUAUAAGGGAAACAAAUCAAGAUACAUUAAUCAUAGUUGCUGCCCCAAUACUGAGAUGCAGAAAUGGAUAAUUGAUGGUGAAACAAGAAUUGGCAUAUUUGCGACUCGUGACAUAAAAAAGGGCGAGCAUCUGACUUAUGAUUACCAGUUUGUUCAAUUUGGUGCAGAUCAAGAUUGCCACUGUGGUGCUGCUGAGUGUAGGCGUAAGUUGGGUGUCCGACCUACCAAGCCUAAAAUGGCUUCAGAUGCUGCAUUAAAAUUAGUUGCAUAUCAGGUUUAUCAUAAUGGAGGUUUGCAAAUUGGAAGUUCUCGUGUUGUUGACCAAUCAAAGUGCUUGCACAAUUGCAUUGGUGAAGUUAUUAGGAUAAAACAGCUUGGAAAUGUGCGGUUUGGAAUUAUUAAACGGUUUGAUAAACAUUCUCGAAAACACUCGGUCAUGUUUGAGGAUGGUUGUGUUGAAAUUUUUGACAUGUCAAAAGAGGACUGGGAACUUGUGAGAUAGUGUGACACAACUGUUGGGUGCAGGUGAAAAGAAUUAAACUGAAAUUUGGAGUCGAAAUUCUUUCAUUGCGUGUGCAUAAUUCUUGUAGUUCCUGAGGCUCUGAUCAACAGAAUGUGAAGCGGAAUAGAUCAACAUAAUCUUACUGAUUGAAGAUAUUAAUAAGUUUUGUUUUCUACUGACAAACUGUAUUGUGUAAGCCUAGAACAUUGUUGUUCAAUUACUUCAAUAUACUGGAAAUAAUCCAUAAAUUUUUGAAAUCCUGGUUGUACUGUAAAAUGAGGAUUCAUCUUGUACCAUUACCAGGGAUAUGUGUAGUUGUUUCAAGUGUAUUAUUUACUUCC